GCUGACAAUGGGUAUCUUCUAUUCAUGAUAUUCAUGUUUCUUAGAAUUUGUCUGAAGAUGGUUUGUCUCUGAGUGACUCAGGUUUAGUGCUGAGAUUUGGAAUCUUUUUAGGGUUACUGGCUCCCUCCUAGAAUAGAGUGAAGCGAGGUUGCUGCAGGAUGCCUUUAAGUUGAUUUCAACUUAAUGGUCACAUUGGCAGCUAUGAGCAUUUGUCCAGUACAUGCCAGGCAUUUUACCGGUGCUGUAGCACAGUAACAGGACACACAUAUAAACGAGGCAUGUAUGGGGCUGCCCUUUAGAGUCUGCAGACUUGAGUUGGUGACAGACAUAAAUUAAUCAUUACUCCUCCUCGCGGUUGGUGAGCUGCUGGGGGAAUGUCCCACUGCUGAGUGCGAUUUUCUGGGCAGAGGAGGGAGCACAACCAACUCCCUGGGGAAGGCGACAAAUGUCCUAGAUGUGAUGAACUAACAUUAGGACAUGCCAUAAAGGAAGCCCUUUUUGACCCUCAUCCAUGUAUGUGGGGGGCAAAGUGGGUGGCAUGGAGCAGGAAUGGGGUUUUGGUUAUGUUGAGAGAGGUCUGUGUUUUCAUUAGAGGUUCUUCUGUUGAACGGAAACUAUGUGAUUCCUGGUAUAUCUAGCUCCAUGUAAUUAUUAUCCACACUGUUAAAAUGAGGUUCAAAAAUGGAAACUUAAGAGUUUCCAGUUCAUUCUGAUUCAUCAUUUACCAUUCUUAGGAAGGUAUAAGCUCAGAACCUGAAAUCUCCCCGAAAGCCACAAACUCUGUUUCUGACUCUUCAUUAUCUAUAUAAAGGAUCUUCCAUGGUAAUGCUUCCUAUUUUUCAAAGCACUGUUAUCUACAUUAUCCUAUUAGAUCCUUUAAAGUGUUAUAUCGAUCCCUUUUAAUAGCAAGGAAACAGGUGCAUCAAGAUCAACGGACUUCUCUGUGUAAGUGGGACCUAAGGUACAAACCUCCUUGAAAAGCUUGACCCUGGAUACACGUGGGGCUGAGCCAGCAGAGGCCAGAGCUAUUGCUCUGCACAGACCACGAGAGGAUGUCUCCCAGCCUUCAGGAAGGCGCUCAGCUCCGGGAAAGCAAACCCUCAACUUGCUCCUUUUCAAUUGAGAGAAUCUUAGGAAUGGACGAGAAGAAAGACUGUGUUCCAUUAGUGAAACCCUACUGGCCCUGGGCAGACACCUGCAGCUCCUCAGGGCAAGAUGGUAACUUAUGUCUAUAUGUCCCAAAUCCUCCCAGUGGCAUUUCAUUCCCUAGCAUGGUGGAUCACCCAAUACUAGAAGAAAGAGCUUCAAAAUAUGAAAAUUACUUUUCAGCCUCAGAAAGACUGUAUUUGAAAAGAGAGUUGAGUUGGUAUAGAGGCCGAAGACCAAGAACUGCUUUUACUCAAAACCAGAUUGAAGUGUUAGAAAAUGUCUUUAGAGUAAACUGCUAUCCUGGCAUUGAUAUUAGAGAAGACUUAGCUCGAAAAUUGAAUCUAGAGGAAGACAGAAUCCAGAUUUGGUUCCAAAAUCGGCGUGCAAAACUGAAAAGGUUCCCGUAGAAAAUCACAGUUUCUAAUGGCGAAAAAAAAUUUCAACACAAAUCUCCUGGAAUAGAUAGAAAACUAAACAAAUGAAAUUAUCUUCUAAUUGCAGAGCAUGAAGAAUCAGUGGAAAUAUUAAUUGUUAAAAUGUGAUGUUUUCUUUCCUGCAUUUAAUCUGCAUAUUGUCAUUUUUUUCUGAAAAUAUAUUGUAAAUAAUUACUAUUAUAGCAUGGUACAUAUUAUAUUUGGGUACUUUUAUAGUAAAGAACUUUCCUAUAUAUUUUAAUAAUCAUUUUCAGAAAAGAUUGCUAUUUUUUAAGUGAGCAAAAUUAACCUAAUAAAUUAAUUUGUUAAAAUCAAUAGACUGAUGACUAAGUGAUUCCACAAGUUGAAUUCUAUUUGUAAAGUAUUUCAAGUGAAAUAAUCUGAAGAGCAAA